AUGAAUGUUGAGAGAUCACUUCAUCUCGUUGGUGUUAAAUUGUCCAAGGCAAUGAUUGAAGCACAUGAAAAAGGACUGGUCGAUUCUGAGACGCUUUUAGAAUCAGCAGAAUGCAUUUUAGUAAUUAAUCGUUUAACUGAUGCCGCCGACAGCAAUAAAACUCGAGAUAUAAAUCCGUUAAAGAGUGCCUUGUCUACUGAAAAUGUAGAAUCCAGAGCGGUUUUAGAAGAUUUUCUGUCGUGGGCUCCAACUUUAAAAGUCCUGGGUAAAAAUGAUUGCAUGAAAACCUUGCAUUGCUUUAAUGGUUUAGAAAUGACAAUUCGCGGUCUUUUGGAACUGUACGAUAAUGUGUCUUGGAAACUGCCAAGUUUUCAAUUGUGCACAAGGCUGUGCACGACAGAUUCCAUAGAGAUGCUCUUUGCACGAUUCCGAGCAAGAGGAGGCUUCAAUCCCAAUCCCACGUGUUACAUGCUUCAAUUGAUAAUUCGUCAUAUGCUUUCAGUGAAACAGCAUCGCAUCUUCUCGAAGAGCUAA